CAUACCUACUUAACAAUAGCAGCUGUCAAGUCAAUCAAACAGGCAGAACAGAACAGAACAAGAAUAACACGUUAAAUUGUUUUUCGUAAUAAUUUUAUUUUGUUAGAUGCUCCUAGGUAAUUGUCGCUAAUCAGUUACGAAGUACAAUUGUAAUUUUAAGUGCAGUUUAUAAAUAUCUAACAAGACGUAAAAAUGUGACGCGCAGAACUGUGAUUCAUUAUUCUUCUACUAUGGCAUGUAAAAUGUAAUAGGAAUUCAUAUUUAGAUUCAAAGGGAAUUUCAUGACGCCAAAAAUUGUCCCGAUGACUGUGAGCUGCCUUCAAGCAAGGACAACAUGUAUGACAUGUUGUCGGAAUUUCGGGUAUCAGAAUUCGAUUCCUUUGUGAACAUAUUAAGAUUGACUCCUGGUGACCCUUUGAAUACUUUUGGCGAAAUGUGGUAUCCAGUAUUUUUGUGGUCAUUGUGUUCGUCUGUAUUUGUGCAUACUUGUGCUGCGCUGGUCGCAUUUGGAACUCUACGAAAACACAAAUAUGGAAAGUUUUUCCCGGUCCUGUUAAUAGUAAUGGGUGUCGUCAGCCCAGUGACUUCUGGAGUCGCCAGUAGCGCGGCCGUUGCUUUUAUAUAUCGCGCAGCGAAUCAAGAAAUGCCUCCAAUACAUGCUAUGAUCUGGGGUAUAGGUCAAACUGUUUUAGGUGCAGGUAUAGGAUUUACAAGGAUUUUAGCCACACUGUAAUAGAGUUAUUGUUUAGACGAAUGAUAGAUGCAUACCACAAUGUUAUUAUAGUUCAAAUAAAUCAAAAGUCAAUUAACUUAGAAUAAUGUAAAAAUAUAGGUGGUGCUCUUGUUCAAUACAUUAUUUUCUCUUGAUGUAUGUACCCAUUUAGUAUGUAAAUGGUAUUAUCACAUGGCAAAUACUCAUGUAUAGUAAUAAUUCUAAGAAUAUAUAUUCGAUAUCCUUGCCUAUAAUUAUGUAAAUAUAAUAAUUGUAGUUACUUAACAGUCUUGUCUAUUGUGGUCUUGACCUCACAAUCAACCAUUCCCAAAAAUAUACAUACCUUUCCUACAAAAUAAAAUUAUUGCUGAAGUGCUCUAUUAGUUGAUAUUAUGGAAGUUAAAUUUACUUCCUUUGCUAUAUUAAUCAUGACAAGUUAAUCAUGGCACUGUGAUGAAGUGGCCUAGAUCGGCAGGAUGUAAAAUCUAAAGUUAUUGCCUGAAUCAAUCGUAUUAUAAAUAAUUGUAAAUAAGUUAAUUUGUAUGACUGAUAUUUCAACAUUUUCUGAAUAUACAAAUAUUAUCAUAAGCAUUCCAUUUAUAAAAUUCUUAUAUAAAAAGCAGUUAAUAAAAUAUAUUAUUAUAUACUGCCUGAAAAUUGAUCAAAAAUUCAAAAUUGUAGUUGUAGAUUAUUUUUAUAGGCUCUCUGCCUCUACCUAUGGGAAAUGGGCACAUAUAAAUAUGUAAUAUUUUUUGAAAUAUUAAUGAAGUAUGCAAUAAUGUAAUAUUCUAAUAAUAGUUUAAUUAUAACUCUGUUAUGACAUGGGCAUUACAAUAACAUAUUUUAAAGUUGUUACCCAAUUUAAUUUCCACUGAUGUUCCUCUUAUGACUAUUUACGAGUGUAGUAAAUAAAU